UAAGCACAGUAGACUCACCCCUUUGUUUUAGCUAAAUGAAAAAUGUACAAUAUUCAUUUGUUUAAGACUACUUUUAAGAACCUAGGCCCAAAUACAAGGUGCAAAAGAAAACCUAGACUACUUUUAAAAAUAUUUUGAUAACUCAUCUCUAUCCUUCAGUCCAACUUUUUUUAUUUAGAUAACAAAGCAUUCCUUGAGGCCUUAGUUGAUUAGAAUAGGAAGCUACCAAGAAGUCUACAAUACUCUCAACAAUCUUUGCAAUUUAUUAGAGACAUGGAAUAAUCUUGGUAAAAAUAUCUAUAGGAGAUCCAGUGCAUGAAAGUUAUCUUGUUUCAAUAAAUUGAAAGAUCUGCAUGACAAACCUAUUGUUUGAUACCAUGAAAAUAUUGAGAUUGUUUAUCCUUAGCAUCAAAUGAGUAAUUAGACUUUGAAAUUGGGUAAGGGUUACUUGUUCAGUAAAAGUUGUAGGCUGUGAGUUAAUGAUUGUUUUCUGCUUACUUAGUUAUGAUUACUUUUUCUCCCUUAUUAGCGAUUGAGAUUUUUCUAGAUAUUUUAAGAUCAUAUUUUAUAUUUUCUGUUUGUUGUGUUCUGUGAAGUUGAAAUUAGUGAUAAUCUUAUUCUAUGGGAAAGCUGAUCUAAUAGUCAAUGUUUUGGUAGAAUUGAUUGUUAGUCCUUAUUUUUUGCUGAUUUAAAUCCUUUUGUAAUAUAUAUUACCUACUACACUUAGUAAUGAAAUGAGUUUUUCUCCUUUUUUAUUACUUGUGCACUUUUAACCAAAAGCUCUCUUCUCUGUUUUUCACAUUUUCUUUCAGUGUGCUUGAUUUUUGUAACAUUGCAUCAAAAGUUUAGUUGAUCUUUAAGGACAUGUAAGAGGGAAUGAAAACUAAUUAGAAAUUCAUAUACAAUGCAUAAAGGGAAUACCCAAAAGAAAGGAUGGCAUCCAACAACAUCUUUCUUCCUCCAACUUUAGUAUUUGUUGGUGAGAAUUAUGACUAAGUGGACUGCAAAGUUGAAAACUUAUUUGAGAGCUCAAAUUUUAGGGAAUGUGGUGGAUGAUGGAAGUAAUCCAACUCCAUUACAACACAAUGCAACAAUGACUCUGAUAAUUUUCCUCCCCUUUUACUUGUGCACCUAAAAACUAAAGCUCUCUUAUUUUAUUUUUAAUUUUUUUUCUGUUUUUCAUCCUUUGUUUCACUGUCUUUGAUUUUGUAACACUACCCAAUGAAGGGGUUUUUAGCCUUAUCUAUAAAAGUUAACCUGUAUCACUUUAUAAAUGUUUCAUAUAUAAAGUUCAUUGCUGGAUAAUUAGUUGACUAUUCUCUGUAUGAUGCCUCAACAAAAUGGACCGAGUGAAAGGAAAAACAGAAUAGUGCUAGAGUUUACUUCAUGAAAUAUUGUACCAAAUACAAAACAAAAGUAUAAUCCGAAUUAGUUUCACUUAAUUAUCAUGAUUACCUAAAAAAUCCUAUUUAUGAAUUUGUUCUCUGUGUAAUACAUAAAGUUUUCCUUUCUGCAUUUUUAAUGAUAUACAGUAGCUGAUAAGUCCAUUUGAAUAGCUGAUAUACUACCAAUUAGUCUUAUGACAACCCUCAACGCCCUAAUCUUGCUAGUAGAUAUUAAAAUCUUCCUGCAACAUUUCUAAAGGCCAAAUUUCAACUUCUGACAAAUUUAGUGAUAAGUUUUAUCAAUGAAGUGGGUACAGUGUAGACCUUGCUUUUUUAGUGGGCAUGACAGAUGGAACGCUGCAGAUAUAUACAGAUUAUUGAUGAUCUUGUUUAAACAUCUGAGAAUUCGCCUCUUCAACUUCCAAACUCCCACGGAAGUACGAUGUGCUCAUCAACUUCACAGGAGAAGACAUCCGCAGGAAAUUUGUUUCUCAUCUCGAUUAUGCUCUCUCUACUGUUGGGCUCACUACUUUCCUUCAUGAGGAGAAUGCAGUGAAUGACAUGCACAUCCAACAACCUAUUCUCAAUCUGUGUCGGGUAGCAAUUGUUGUUUUCACCAAAACCUAUUCUCAAUCUGCUUGGUGUCUUCAUCAGCUCCAACAAAUCAUCAAAUGGCAAGAAACUUAUUCCCGACAUGUUUUUCCUGUAUAUUACGAAAUUCAGCCAUCCGAUGUACGUCUUCAGAAGGGUGAUUUUGGAGAAACAUUCAAAGAAACUGCACAACAAACAUUUUCAGCACAACAACUAGAGCAUGGCAUGUCCAGGUGGAGCCACACACUCACCAAAGCAGCAAAUUUCUUUGGAUGGGAUGAGAGCAAUUACAGGAGUGAUGCUGAACUUGUGGACAAAAUUGUUGAGGGCGUUCUUAAUUUACCAGUCUUGUUUGCUACUAAAUUUCCAGUUGGAUUACAAUCCCGCUUGAACGAUGUGAUUCAAAUUAUAAAAGAUAAAUCCAGGGAAGUUUGUAUAAUAGGAAUAUGGGGUGAGGGAGGUUCGGGGAAAACCACCCUUGCCAAAGCUAUCUACAAUCAACUUCAUGGUACAUUCACACAUAAAAGUUUUAUUGAAGAUAUUUCACAAGUUAUUCAAACAAAAGGGCAUGUUCAUUUACAAGAACAACUACUUUCAGAUGUCCUAAACACAAAGAUGGAGAUACACAGCGUUGAGAUGGGAAAAAAUAAGAUUCGGGAAAAACUUUGUGGGAAAAAAUUGCUCAUCGUACUUGACGAUACCAAAUACGAUCCAUUAUUAAACCUACGCGAUAGUCAUGUAUGGUUCGCUAAAGGAACUGUCAUAAUAAUUACAGCAAGAGAAGAACACCUACUAAGGAUACCUCAAAAUGGUUCUGCUUUUCCAGUAAAUCUGUUGAGCACAAAUGAGUCCCUUGAGCUUCUUAGUUGGCACGCAUUUAGAGAAGCAAAACCAAAACAAGAAUACAAUGACCUUGCAAAAAGAGUAGUUGUUUAUUGUGGAGGACUACCUCUUGCUCUUGAAGUCAUUGGAAGUAGUUUAUUUGAAAGGACUAAAGAAGAAUGGAAGAGUGUAUUGUUAGAAUUAAAGGAAAUUCCUGAGCAUGAUGUCCAUCGGAAAUUGAAAAUAAGCUUCAAUGGUUUACGCAAUGAAAUGGAAAAAGAUUUAUUCCUUGAUGUUUGUUGUUUCUUUGUUGGUAAAGGCAGAACCUUUGUUACAAAGAUCCUAAAUGACUGUGGAGUAGAUGCUGAUAGUGGACUAAGAAUUCUCAUUGAGCGUAGCCUCGUACAAGUUAAAAAGAACAAGAAAUUAGGAAUGCAACAGUUGCUACAAAAAAUGGGAAGAAAAAUUAUUUGUGAAAUUUCAAGAAAGGAACUUGGAAAGAACCCUCCACUAUGGUCUGGUCAGGAUGCAGAAUAUGAACGAUUAGAGAAUACUCUCUUCUCAUCACAACAGACAAAAGUCAUUCAGAAAAGAUUGUCUUUGAAAAUGUUUUUAAUUGCCACAAGAGAGUUCGAACGUUAUCCUUCAGGGGUAAGAGACACAUCAAGGCUUCUGAGACUCUUCAAAGUUUUUGGGAAACUGAGAUGGAUCAGUUUGCAAGGGUUUUCUUCAGAAUACCUACCUAAAGACAUUUAUCUGCAUGAUGCAAUGGCGAUUGAUUUAAAACACAGUCUUCUUCGAUUCGUCUGGAAAGAACCUCAGGUUUUGAGUUGGCUAAAAGUCCUUAAUCUUAGUCACUCCAUGUACUUGAGAGAAACUCCUGACUUUUCUGGACUACCACGUCUUGAACAACUCGUUCUCAAAGAUUGUCCAAGCUUGCACAAAGUACACCAUUCUAUUGGAUGUCUCAACAAUCUUUUAUUGCUAAAUUUGAAAGAUUGUACAAGUCUAAGCAAUCUCCCAAGAGAGGUAUAUAAGUUGAAAUCUUUAAACACUCUCAUUCUCUCUGGUUGUUCGAAGAUUGACCUAUUGGAAAAAUAUAUAGUGCAAGUGGAAUCCUUGUUAAUUCUAAUUGCUGAAAAUGCAGCUGUGAAACAAGUGCCCUUUUCAAUUGUAAGCUCAAAAAACAUUGGAUAUAUAUUUCUACGUGGAUGUGAGGGAUUGUCAUGUAAUCUUUUUCCUUCUAUCAUUCGGUCUUGGAUAUCACCAAUAAUGAAUCCCUUAUCUUAUGUUCACUCAUUUUGCAUGGAUAUUGAGGAUAAUGGUUGGAAUGAUUUUGACCCAUUGCUUAGCACCCUUGCAAAUCUUCGAAGUGUUUUGGUACAAUGUGACACUGAGUUUCAAUUAUCUAAGCUUGUUGAAACUAUUCUGAUCGAAUAUGGAGUAAAUAUUUCAAAAUCAGAAAUUUCACAGCAGCACUUCAAGUAUUCUUUGAUUGGUGUUGGAAGAUGCAAGGAUUUCUUCAAUGCUGUCAGUGAUAUCAUUUCUAAGGUAUUUGCAAGCAAUGAGUCACGCGAUGUUUCUCUCCCAGGUGAUAAUGAUCCUUAUUGGUUCGGCCACAUGGGUGAGGGUCGUUCUGUUUUUUUCACCGUGCCUCGAGAUCAUGACUUGAAGGGAAUGGCUUUGUGUGUUGUUUAUUUAUCAACACCUGAAAUUGUGGCCCCUGUAUGCCUUAGAAGUGUCUUAAUUGUUAAUUACACAAAGUGCACAUUGCAGAUACACAACCAUGGCAGGGUAAUUUCCUUUAAUGAUAUAGAUUGGCAAGGUAUAAUAUCAAAUUUAGGACCAGGAGACAAGGUGGAGAUUUGUGUGACUUUUGCUCAAGAAUUGGUAGUCACGAACACAAUUCUCUAUCUGAUAUGUGAUGAAUUAAAUGACUUACAAAAGGAGCCUGCGCCAAAGAAAAAUUCCCUCAUUAGAUUUGUAAAGAAAGUUGUAAUGUGACCUCUGAUAAGUCAUUUAUCUUCUUUGAGAACAGCAAGAUCUUGAGUUAUGGAAUUAAUCCUUUUGUCCUUGAGUGCAAUUUAUGUUUCCUCAUA